CCGGUUGUCAUCACCGUCUUCUUAGCAUUCAACAUAUGUGAACUCUUCUUGUCGGUCUUGACUUCCACGGUACCUGCAACCAAAAGUUAAUUAAAUAAGAAAGAAAUGCAGGUUAAGCUGACUUCCACAGCUUUUUUCCUGGCCAUCCUUGUGACAUUCACUCUUGAUAGUGCCCACUCGGACGCAUUCCUCACACAUGAAAUUCAUCGUAAGUCACAGCCGACCAUCGAUAGAGAAUCUUCCGUCAGCGUGAAAAGUGCGACAUUUGCCAAACGUGAGAUUCGUGAUGUACCAGUUCGAACCGAUUUAAGUCCACCUCUACUCGGAGAAUUUUCGCCGAUUGACGUGAACGAUCCCGAAGUCAAGGAGAUUGCCGAUUUUGCUACGACGGCGAUCUCUGCCAGCAGCACCGCUGGGCCGUUUCGGCUAAUCAGGAUAGUCAAGGCCGCAUCACAAGUAGGCAUCGGUGCCGUCAAUUUCAAGUUGACUUUGGAGGUUGACGGUGCUGAUGAAAAGCAUAUGCGUUGCGAAGUGGUGGUUUUUGACCAAUCGCUAGUGAAAUCAUGGACUUCCAUUUGUUUUCCCAUUGAAAAUGCACCAGUGAAGACGAUAGAGGAACAUAAUCCUGAUUCCCGUCUUCCAUUCUUACGCGGCUACUCUCCGAUUGAUACAAACGACGCAGAAGUAAAGGAAAUUGCUAGAUUUGCAAAUGUUGCAAUUUCGGGCGCGACAAAUUCGGGCCCGUUACAAUUAGUCAACAUAAUCAAAGCUGAGGUGGAAGUGGUGGCUGGCAAAAACUACAAACUGGUUCUGGAGCUGGACGGGUCUGAAGGAGAAAGCGACGUUUGUGAAGUGGUGGUCUUCGACCAACCAUGGACCAAUACGCGCAUAUUAAGCAAAUACAAUUGCUUACCAAUCAGAACUAAAUCGACAGCAACGGACAAUGAGGUUAGACUAAAUGAACCUCGACUACCUGCUGCUGAAUUAUUUUCUUCGACGGACAGUUCUUUGCAUAACAAACGUGAAAUUUCUGGUUUGGUCCAAUCUGAUACAAGUCCACUUCCACCUGGUGGGUUUAUGCCGAUUAAUGUGAACGACAAUGAAGUGAAAGAGAUUGCAGAAUUCGCCAGUAAUGCUAUAUCAGCCAGAACUAACGCCGGUCCUAUUACUGUGGUCGACAUAGUCAUGGCUGAAUCACAAGUUGUUGCUGGAAAAAACUAUAAACUCACUUUGGAACUGGGCGGCAGUGCUAGAAAAAAACACCUUUGCGAAGUUUUGGUUUUCGACCAAUCUUGGACAAAUACUCGCAUACUAAGCGAAUUCAACUGUUCACCAAUCCGAACCACAGUUGACGUAGAAGAAUCGCGUCCGACUGCUGAUGGGUUCCCCUUGUUCAAUCUUGACGACCCCUCUCACAAAAAACCUGACAUUCUUGCAAGUUCAUUCCGACUGAAUAGAAUUCCCGUCAUACCAGCUGGAUUCUCAUCCAUUGAAGUAAAUGAUGCUAAAGCAGACUUGGCAAAAUCGGGAGCCUUCAAACUGAUGAAGGCCAUCACUUUCUGGGGACGAAAAAAAGAAAAAGCACAGAGGUAAAUGAAGAUCACAGGGAAAGAAAAGAAAAAACCGAAAUUCAAUUGUAUCGCUAUUACCACAAAUGCGUUAUCAGUCAAGAGAAAGCUGUUCCUGGUGCUGCAGCUUUGUCGUCCUAACCCCACCUACAUUUAUUCGCUACACAUGACCUACUGUGGUCUUACUUCUAACCAAUCUGUAAAUGAGUAGCCGCAAUAAAAAUCUUUUUUAGCUAAAA